CGACAUACAUGGAUAUAGUCUGCAUGGCUCCCUCGGACAGACUUGUUCUCCGUUCUUUUCAUUGCGAUUCCAAGACGUCUACUUCGGUCAGACACCCUGCUCAAGGCACCUGGUCCCUCCCCGUCCUCGGUAGCAGCAUGAGCACGCAGCCAGCAGCAGACCGCGCGCCCGGCGCCGCCUCGAUGUCGACGUCGUCAGUGACACUCGAUGCAGGCUCGCGCACACGCACGAUCAACCUCGGUGCCGGGCCAUCCAUGCUGCCCACGCCGGUCCUCUUUUCCGCCUCUCAGGCACUGGUCGACUACCAGAACCUGGGAAUGGGUGUAACGGAGAUCUCGCAUCGUUCCUCCACAUUCCAGAAGAUCGUCGAGGAGGCGGAGCAGGAUUUGCGCCAGCUGCUCGGCAUCAGUGACGAGUUCGCCGUCUUCUUCACCCAGGGCGGCGGCACGGAACAGUUUAGCGCCGUCGCUCUCAACCUGAUGGCAAGGCACAUGGCCAAGUACCCAAAGUACUGGCAGCGCCAGCAAGCUUCGAUCGCAAAAGCUGCAGCCGCGGCCACUGGGGCCGAUGGACCCAGCCAACUGCGGCCGUGCGGCCCACCAGCAGACUAUGCAAUCUCAGGCUCGUGGUCUGCCAAGGCAUCCAAGGAAGCCAGUCGCCUCGGGUUCGAUUCGCGCGCCGUCUUUGACUCGCGAAAGGAUGUGGAAGGGUCACAAGGGAAGUUCGGCGCGAUACCGCCUGUACACACCUGGCGCCUCUCUCCCAUCUCAUCAACGGAUGAUGGAGUGGAUGCGCCACCUGCAUUCCUCUACUACUGCGAUAACGAGACUGUCGAUGGCGUUGAGUACAAUUUUCCCUCGAACGACACGUCCGAUGGCGGCGGCAAGCGCGGGUUCCCGGUCGACGCGCUACCUGCCUCGUACGUAGCCAACGUGCCGCUCGUCGCAGACAUGUCUUCCAACAUCCUCUCGCGUCGCAUCCCGCACCUCUCCUCCCAUGCGCUCAUCUUUUUUGGCGCGCAAAAGAACGUCGGACCGUCAGGCGUGACAAUCGUGAUCGUCAAGCGCCAAUUCAUUGUCGACCCGGAUGAGGCCCUGCGCGCGGCAGGCCUCUGGUCCGCGCCGCGUAUCCCGACGACACUGGUGUACAAGAACCUGCUGGACAACAGCAGCCUGUACAACACGCCACCAAUGUUCAGUAUCUACGUCAGCGGCCUCGUAUUCAAGGACCUGCUCCAACCCGCCCAUGGAGGCGUGCACGGCGCAGAAGAGCGCAGCGAGCAAAAGGCACACGCCAUGUACAGCCUGAUCGACAGCAGCCUCGUCUUCGUACCGACGGUGCGCCAGAAGGAGGUGCGCAGCAGGAUGAACGUCACAUUCCGCCUGCAGCGGCCACCGCAGUCUGGCGGGGCAGCAGCAGGCCCAGACGAGCAGCUUGAAGCCGCCUUCGUCAAGGCGUGCGCUGCGGCGGGCAUCGUGCAGGUCAAAGGGCAUCGCAGCGUUGGCGGCAUCCGAACCAGUCUAUACAAUGCCGUCACGCUCGAGCAGACCGACAAGCUCGUACAAGUCAUGCGCGACUUUGCCGCGCAGGUCGAGGCGGGCAAGGUGUAGCGAGCGUGUAGUCCAUUAGCAUGUAGAUAC